ACCUCGCUAUUCACCAGCAGCUGCGGUUGCCGACAGCCGCAUCAUCUCGUAAUGAGAAGUAGAGCCGGGCUCUUCCGCAACCACUUUUCGACCGAGGAAAAGAGUCCGCAAGCUUGGCAACACGUGUGUACCGAUGCGCGUUCACAAUGGUUCCUGUCGGCCCGGGAGAGAUACCGGCGACGUACGCAAAUAUUUGAGUCUGGACUGUUUAUGAAAGCGUGGUACUGCAUAGUGGCUUGGUAGUGACGUGCCACCAGCCACAGUUUUUUAUGUCAAGUAGAGGGAGGCACGUCCUCAUUACAAAAUUAUUACCAUACACCUUUAAUCUCUAAUCCCAACACACGACACAAGCUUACUCAAGAUGCGCUUCGCCAGCACUGUCCUGGCUCUUUCCUCCGCCGCCUCAGGCUUCAUCCACCCUCGCCAAGCGUCCUACAAUGAGACGAGCUCUACCCCGAAUGUCGCGGCCGCACAAUAUGACGGAACCUGUUUCUACCCUGUCCCAGACUCCAAGUUCGACCUGAACGCGUAUCUCGGAACCUGGUAUCAGGUCGCUGGUACACCAUUCGGUCCUACAGCCGGCGCACGCUGCGUGACCGCAAAUUACGAACUCAACGACAAUGGUACGGUGCGCGUCACGAACACCGCGACUGUCGGCCCACGAACUGUCGACAUCGUAGGCACAGCUACGCCUGUAGACUCUGCCUAUGGCGCCGGCGGUGCUUUCAUUGUCAGCUUCCCUGGCACACCCUCAACUGCAGAGUGCCCAGGACCAAACUACAUUGUGCAAGAUUACGCAGUUGAUUGGGCGAUUGUGCAGACGCAGAAGUGGAGCACGUUGUACAUCUUGAGCAGGGUGCGACAGCCAGCCGCUGAAAGCAUCGAUGCAUGGAUUGAUCGAGCUGUGGCUUUCGGAUCGAACGCAUCCUCAAUUAUGAAGUUCAACCAGACGGGCUGCGAGUAGGCGUAAACCGCCCAGGAGGAGGUAAUAAGUAUGUCACUGUGGUGAUGGUCGUAUGAACAUUCAAUCUAUGCAUAGCAGCGAGAAAUCCAUUACGAGAAUGUUUAAGAGAAGGGUAGUUCUAUUAUGUGAGUAUUGAGUGCAUUUCAGGAAGAUACGUACAAUAAUAGAGAGCGUACAUUUUCCAGGCCUGAUGCCCAUAAAUGGGUAUCUAAUUACAUCCAAAAUGGACCUCAACCCCGUUUACGCCUAGCAAAGCUUAUGAUAACUGUACGGUAGACGCAC